AUGUCAUUAGAAGAUCCAAUAACAAGAAAAAGGAGUGGUAUGGAAUCUGAUCAAAUAUCAAAACGAAUAAAAAAUGAAGAAUCUACAGAAUUUACUGAAAAAAUGUAUAUAACUUAUGUUAAAUCAGCUUUUGGAUCAUUAGAGAAAGGUGAUUCAUUACAAAUUGAUACAUUAACUGAUAGAAUAAAUCAAGAGGAAAUUAAUAUAUCACAUUUUAGUAUAAUAUUAAAAGGAUUAAUAAAUAAUACUUCAAAAUUAGAUAAUAAAUCAUGUAAUAAUUUAAUAUUUGCCAUUUUAAGAUUUAAAUGGUUAUCAAAAGAAAAUGAUUUAAAUUUUAUUGAAUUAUAUUCUCAAUUUUUAGUGGUUUUAGUCAGUACAAUACCCAAAUUUUUAAAUGAGGUAUUAAAUAAAUUAAUAAAUGAUUUUGAAAAUCACGUAAAUCAAUAUAGUCAUGAAGUAAUACGAAAAAUAUUGAGAUAUAUCCCUACAAGUAUAAAUCAAAUACCACAAAUUUUACAAAAUAAUUUCCCCCAUCAUAUAUCUUCUACAACUGAAGAAAUCAAUAAUUACGUUACUAAUAUAAUAAAUAUCCUUUCAUAUUGUCCUGAAUUACAAUUCAGUAUAUGGCAGUUAAUAAUAGAAAGUUGUAUAAAACUAGAUGUGGAGUUACAAAAUGAAUUAGAUGAUCUAGAUGAUGAAGAAAUUGAAGAAUUAAUAAAUGGGAAAGAAGAUGACGAAGAAUUAUUGGAAGCAGAAGAUUGGGAUCCAAGUGUCACAACAAGAAGUAUAAAAAAUUUAUCAUCAAAAUUGGAUAAUAUCAUUAAUUUAUUACUACAAAAGACAUCUAACUCCUUCACCAAUGAACAACUUUCCGAUGGGGUAGGUGUCAAUUUAUUCAACACUAUAAAUUCAUUAUUUAAAAGUCAUAUUUUACCAACACAUUUUACAAAACUGAUUCAAUUCAUAAUAUUUCACAUCACACAAUAUCAACAAGAUUUAGCCGAUUCCUUUUUGGUUUUAUUGAUUGAUGUUGCUUUCAACCCUAAUGAAAUCAUAGAAAAAAGAUUAAAAGCAAUGCAAUACCUUUCAUCGUACAUUGCUAGAGCUAAGAAUUUAUCACGUCAUCAAAUUGUAUUUAUUGUAAGUUACCUUAUGGGAUGGUUGAACAAGUAUAUUGUAGAAAGAGAACAAGAAACUUUAGAAAUUGGAGCAGGUAUGGAAAGAUUUAAAUUAUUUUAUUCAGCAUUUCAAGCAUUACUUUAUAUUUUUUGUUUCCGUCAUGAUAUACUAAAAAAGGAAAAUGAUACAUGGGAAUGUGAUAUUGAUAAAUUUUUUCAAAGAGUUAUUAUCGUCAAAUUUAAUCCUUUGAAAUUCUGUGAUGAAACUGUGGUUUAUAUUUUUGCAAAAUUAGCAACAAAAUUAAAUGUUUGUUAUUGUUAUUCUAUAAUUGAACAUAACAAAAGAGAAAGAAUGAUGCAAACUAAUGGAUUACCUUCAUCUAUUGGGAAUUUUAAACAAAAACAAGAAUUUUUAGAUCUUGAAGCUUAUUUCCCAUUUGAUCCGUUAGUAUUACCAAAUACUAAAAAAGCAGUCUCAAAGAAUUAUGUUGAAUGGUCAGAAGUAAAUCCAGAAGAAGAUGAUGAUGAAAGUAUUGGUAGUGGAAGUCAUAUGGAUGAAGAUAGUAGUAGUAGCGACGAUGAUGAAGAUGAUGAUAGUGACGAGGACAGUAGUGAAGAUAGUGAUGACUCUUUAGAUAGUGAUGAUGAAUAA